GAUACCAAAUUGCUUAUCACAAGGAGCUCAGUGUCUACGCGUCCGUAAUCCUGUCAACACAAAACAUGGCUGAACUCCGCGCAGGGAAAGCCGGCAUCAACGCUGAGGCUCAAGCCAGGAUCAACAGCAAGUAUAACAACGACAUCGCCUUCGAAACACUCGAAUGGGUCAAGACAGUCACAGGUGAGAACAUCAACACCUCCGGCGAUGCCGAUAAUCUUUAUGAAAUACUCAAGGAUGGAACUCUGCUCUGCAAGCUAGUCAACAAAUUCCAGGACGGUAUCGUCAAGAAAAUCAACCAAUCGUCCAUGGCUUUCAAAUGCAUGGAGAACAUCAAUGCAUUCUUGGAAGCUGCAGUCAAAUUGGGAGUACCCCCCCAAGAAACCUUCCAGACGAUCGACCUUUGGGAGAAACAAAACUUAUAUUCAGUCAUCAUUUGUCUGCAAUCGCUAGGAAGGAAAGCAGGAAAUUAUGGUUUGCCAGCCUUCGGACCUAAAGAAGCUGACAAGAAUAUUCGAGAGUUCAGUGAAGAACAGCUGAAAGCUGGCCAAAAUGUCAUUUCUCUGCAAUAUGGGACAAACAAAGGACAGCAAUCGGGUAUUUCGUUCGGCAAUAGACGCCAAAUGUAAAAAUAUUGUAUAAUCUAAGAAACUUUUGUAUUUUAAUAAAAUAAACCAUUUUAUAUUUUUUAUAAAUGUA